AUGCUUGAGGACAAGAUCCUGGACAGGCUUAAGGCUGUGUCCAUAACCUUGGAGGAAGGCGGCACUCUUGGGCAUUGGCAGUUACCAAAAAUAACAUGGGUCAAUGGCGUACCCGGGUGUGGAAAAACAUCUUGGGUUAUUAAUAGUUUUGAGGCGGAAAAAGAUAUCAUAAUAACAACAACAACUGUAGCUGCAAGCGACCUGAGGGAGAGGCUAGCAUCACGUGUAGGAGCCGACGCAGCAAGGAAGGUGCGGACUAUGGCCUCAAUCUUGGUAAAUGGCAUAACGGCGUCUGAGAAAUACACCCGUCUCUUAACUGACGAAGCGCUUAUGAACCAUUUUGGCGCCAUAGUAAUGGCAGUACAAAUCACGGGUGCAAGUGAAAUUUUUCUUAUAGGCGACAACAACCAGCUGCCGUAUAUCGACCGGCACGAUCUGUUUCGACUGCACUAUACUCGUCCAAAUCUAGUGGCUAAUAUCAACCACGAAUGGCUCUGCACACACAGAUACCCAUUGGAUGUAGCGUAUGCACUAAAUGAGAUCUACGAGGGCAUUUACUCAUCCAAUACUAGGCUGCGAUCCCUAGAGCUGAAGAGUUACACGGGUUCACAGAUUCCAAAGUCCCUUGAAAAUACGUUAUAUCUGGGACACACCCAGGCUGAAAAGGAAAAUCUCAUCAGCCAGGGCUACGGAAAAGGGAAGGGUUCGCGAACUCUUACCAUACAUGAAACUCAGGGGCUCGUGAGCGAGACGGUGGUAAUUGUGCGAUCAACCAGAGAGCAACAACGCCUAUACAACAGUAUUCCCCAUGCAGUGGUGGCAAUCGCACGUCAUACGAGGCAUUGUACCUACUUUACAGACUGGUGUGAGGAAGAUGCAGUUGCCCGUUUCAUUUUGCGCGCCGAAUCUGUCACCACAAGCAGAAUUAGGGAUUAUAACAUCAAAACGGCAAUAUAUCAUCGAGACUUAAAGGUUGCGAACAACAUUAUGAACCUGGUCCGAGACGAAGUGGCGUAA